AUGGGAAGGAUAACGAUGGUUUUAGGAGUUUUGAUGAUUGUUGGAACAGUUCACAGCUUCUUGCUAGGAGGUUGCGGAGGAUGUGGAGGUCCAUCCCUAUCUCUCUGCGGUGGCGGUUGUGCCCCACGCCCACGAGUCGCGGCUCCACCAUUCGCCCCACCACCUCCCCCAUCCCUACCACUUCCACCAAGAUGCGAGUGCCCACCACCAACUUGUAACUCUUGUGCUCCAGCUCCAGCUUCAUGCGGAUGUGGAGGAGGUGCUGGUGGAGGAUAUGCCUCCUAUCCACGUGGCGGAUACGGUAGAGGAAGAAGUGACGACGAUGAUGAAGAGGAGUAUUCUGAUGAGAAGACCAAGGAGGACGAUGAGGACGAAGAGUGA